AAUGGUUCGAAUGAACCAACAUUAAAUUUUGAAACAUCAGUUAAUCAGUCGUAUCCUGUGGCUUUGGAAAUCAUAUUCUAUAUUGGAUUUUUAAUUGCUUUUGCUGUCAAAUUGCCGAUUCUACCCCUACAUACAUGGUUACCAGAUACCCACGGAGAGGCACAUUACAGUACUUGUAUGCUUCUAGCCGGAAUUUUAUUAAAAAUGGGAGCGUAUGGAUUGAUUCGGAUUAAUAUGGAAUUAUUACCACACGCUCAUUCUAUAUUUUCUCCUUGGUUGAUGGUAGUAGGCACAAUACAAAUAAUCUAUGCAGCUUCAACAUCUCUCGGCCAACGUAAUUUAAAAAAAAGAAUAGCCUAUUCCUCCGUAUCUCAUAUGGGUUUCAUACUUAUAGGAAUUGCUUCGAUAACCGAUACGGGACUCAAUGGAGCUAUUUUACAAAUAAUCUCUCAUGGCUUUAUUGGUGCUGCACUUUUUUUCUUGGCGGGAACGAGCUAUGAUAGAAUACGUCUUGUUUAUCUCGAUGAAAUGGGUGGAGUAGCUAUCCCCAUGCCAAAAAUCUUUACAAUGUUCAGUAGUUUUUCCAUGGCUUCCCUUGCAUUACCGGGUAUGAGUGGUUUUGUUGCAGAAGUGCUAGUAUUUUUAGGAAUAAUUACCAGCCAAAAAUAUCUUUUAAUGCCCAAAAUUGCCAUCACUUUUGUAAUGGCAAUUGGAAUGAUAUUAACUCCUAUUUAUUUAUUAUCUAUGUCACGCCAGAUAUUCUAUGGAUACAAGUUAUUUAAUACUCCAAACUCUUAUGUUUUUGAUUCUGGACCGCGCGAGUUAUUUGUUUCCAUCUCCAUUUUUAUACCCGUAAUAGGUAUUGGUAUGUACCCCGAUUUUGUUCUUUCACUAUCAGUUGACAAGGUUGAAGGUAUUCUAUCUAAUUAUUUUUAUAGAUAGUUUUCUAAAAAAAAAACUCCUAUUAUUUUUAGAGUUGGUUGGCUAAUGAAAAAAAAAAGAAGUAUUUUUAUUCUCUUAAAUUAAAUUUUAAAUAAAGUCAAAACAAACUAUGAAUUUAAAAUUUUACCCAAUGUACUCGGUCUUUGCGAGAACCGUGUGAAUCAAGUAGUAUAGUGAUUCACGCGGUUCUCGCCGGUUGAGAUAAGAUGCUUUAUAUACACCGUAUUGCAUUAUUGCAUUCUGUUUGUAUUCUUAAGAACUUUUCUUGAAUUUAACUAUAGGUUAACGUGAAUGAACCAUAACUAUGUAGCCCUAUUCCUAAUAGAUUGACCCCAAAAUAACAUAUCCAAAUGAUAAGAAAGCCUAGAGUCGCCACAAUUGCGGAAUUUGCUCCUUGCAAAUUUUUAUUUGUUCGAGUAUGCAAAUAAAUUGCGAAUACGAUCCAAGUAAUAAAGGCCCAAGUUUCUUUUGGAUCCCAACUCCAAUAUGAUCCCCAUGCUUCAUUAGCCCAUACUGCUCCUGAAAGAAUACCUAUGGUUAAAAAGAUAAAUCCUAGGCUAAUCACACGAUAACUCCAAUAAUCCAAUUGUUGAAUAAAUUGGGCCUUGUAAUAAUUCUUAUCAGAAAAAAAAGAAGUUUUUUGAAAAAUAUUGUUUCUUUCAUUCUUGUAUUGGAUUUCACCAAAUGAAAACGACUCAUUUAAUUUUAAUAAAUUAUUACUUUUAGAACUAUAAAAAAUAUUUCUAAAUGUAAUGACUAGAAGUGCUACUGAUAAUAAUGAUCCACAAAGAAGAGCCGCAUAGCUCAAUAUCAUCAUACUUACGUGCAUUAUUAACCACUCCGAUUGUAGAGCAGGUACUAAUAUUGUGGGUUUGUGUAUUUCAUUUAAAAGACCCGAAGUAGCAAAGCCUUGGGUAAAAAUAGUAAUUGAGGCAGUUAUUGUGGUUAAAUCAUUUUUUCUUAUUUUGAAAUAAGGCACUAUAUGAAUAAGGGAGAAACUCCAUGAAAGAAAAAUUAAUGAUUCAUAUAAAUCACUUAGCGGGAAAUGGCCUGAAUAAAUCCAACGAGUGGUUAAUAAUCCUGUUAGACAUAAAAAAGUAGCUAUCAUCCCCUUUUCUGACGAAUCAUAUGGUUUUAUGAUUUCAUUGCCCAAUAAGGUUAUCAAAUGAAGUGUGAUUACAAUUGAAACAAUAGAAAAAGAAAUAUGAGUUAAUAUAUGCUCUAAAGUUGAAAAUAUCAUAAAAAUGAAAAAAGGGGAGGGAAUCCCCUAUAUUAAUUAAGAAAUAGAAAUAGGGAAUUUAAUUUAUUUUUAUUAUAAGAUCUAUUGGAUCUCUUUUAGAAGAUGGCAUGCCGCCACUCGGACUCGAACCGAGAUGCUCUAGCACUGCUUCCUAAGAGCAGCGUGUCUACCGAUUUCACCAUACCGGCUUGCUCGAACUCAUAAUACCCUAUUUAUGUUCAAUCGUCGAGAUUGAACAAGUCAAUUCAAUCAAAUAAGUUUUUUUAGUAAAGAUUCAAAUUGAUAAAAGUAAAGAUUCAAAUUGAUAAAAAAAAUGAGUUCAAAAGUCAAUUUGAAGGUUCAUUAGUUUCAUUUUUUACUUUUAUUGUCAUUCUUUCUGGUUUAUCUGAUUUUAUAAAUUUGAAACAAAAAAUCAAUUUGAUCAAUUAAUUUAAAAUAUGUCAAUUUUGGAUUAUUCCAAAUUGACACAUUUUUUGUACAUAACAUUGCAACAAUUAAGUUCUUUUAUUGAUAUUGAUUGGGCUGAAAAUUGGAGAUAUAUAGAAAACUCAUUCCAUAUAGUAAAUAAAUUAAGAAGUCAGAAAGUUAUCCAAAAAUUUUUAACACGGAAUCAAUUAGUUUAAACACUUCAUUAAUUUGAACUAAAAAUAUUAUAUCUGGCCUUCCCGAGAAACAUAAGAAUUUGUCAUUCUUGUAAAGGUCGAUGGGGAAAAGAAGACUCCCCACCACCAAAAUUUGAGUGAAAAUAUACUAAAAAUAAAAUCAAUAAAAAAUUUUGUAUUUUUUCUUUCUUCUUUUUUUUUUUAGAAUUCAGAAAACAGAAGAAUUCUUUUAUAAAAUUCAAAUUAAGGGUCUAUUUCAUAUUGAGUUCAUAUUGAUUAGAAUAGGUACUGCCAAUUAUUCAUUUUAUAUUCACUUUGAUAUUAACAAAUUAAUGAGCCGAUUUUUUGAUCUGAUUAUUCCGAUAUUUUAGGACUUAUUUGU